CUAUCGGAAGCCGAUGAAAAGCUCACCAAAAGAAAGAGCUGAUAGAAUGGUUCGAACAAAAGAGAGACAGAAAAGAAAGCUUGGCUGGGAACGUUGGGGCAAGGUAUUCAAGAGCAAUGUUAAGUAACUUUAUUGUAGAGUUGACUCCGGGCCCGUGCAGACGUGGGCCAUCGAGUUGAUUGAAAGUGGUUGAAGAAUAUAUCUACCGGGAUAAGUGGCCAAAGUGAUAAGUGAGUUCUCAUUGAUUCGUUGGAUUUGCAUUUUGGUGAAGGUGUUGAGAGUUGAUACACACAAACUCCCAAGCGCACACAUCGCCUUCUACAAAACCGUGCCCGAUAUACCGCUGGAUGGUGGUCUAGUUUCCUGCCGGCGGACGCGCGUCGAUCUCGUGGAGUGAGUCAACCUGAAAAGGCUUGCGCGCGUGAAAAGUGGUUCAGUGAAAGAGGAGGAUAAGCGCGCAACAGAAAACAAAACCGCUGCCCAAGCUCUCGGUGGAAUAACAUCAAACAGAGUGAUAAAGGCAAGACACGGGAAGAAACGAAUCUUGUGGAACAGACGCCAACCAAGUGAGAUCAAGCUCGGAAACACGUUAUUCCUACACAUAUAAUUAUAUAAUCAGAAUAACGAGCGUCUUAUGGAAGAAAUGGUGUAGAAGAGAAGCAUCGAAGAAAAAAAGGGAAAAGUGAUAUUUAUUAUUGAAUAACAACAUAAUUGGUGCCCGAUAUUGGUUGUGAAGCUUGGUGGGGCUGUUGCCCGUGAAGUCAGUGCUCAGAAAAGCCUUUUAAAGCUAAGUGAAUGUCAAUGUCCGCGAAGUGAUUAGACGCGUAAUUCGCAUUAAUUGAUGCAAAGCAAUCUUCCAGCGUGCAGUGAGAAGACGGACGGUGCGAUAAGAUGAAGAUGCUGUUUCUUAAAUUUAUACCGGUAAUUGCGUUACUGGUGGCGCCCAUCAGUGCUCAAGACGACUCGCUGGCUGGAAGUUUUCUGUCAGGCCUUCUUGACUCCAUAACCAGCACAGAAGAUGCCAAAGGAUGUCCAGGAGUAUGUGUGCAUACCCUUGCGACAUUGAUAUGUUACGAGGUUUUGGAGGACAUUCCUUGUCCGUCCCCGAGCAUGAGGUGUUGCGUCGAAAGCCAAGCUGCUGCGGCCAACAUUUCGACCACAACCACCAGCCGGCCAAGGCCUACAACUACACCGAAGCCAACCACCACAACUCCGAAGCCCACUACCGAGGGUAAAAUUAAGGAAAAGGAAAAGGAUAAGGACAGUAAAAACAAUUCCACAUGUCCAGGAGUUUGCGUGGCUGACAGAAUCGCGGAAUACUGCGAAGCUUACCUGAUGACACCAGGUCUUUGCAAAAGCGGUACCAAAUGUUGCGUAUCGAGGGAUAUCUACCCGGAUAAGCCUCCAGCCGAUCUGUAUGUGCCUACGGCGCACUUCGAUAGCAACAAAAAUAAGACUACCACUCCGAAGCCAUAUCCCAAGACAACGGAGAAAACAACAACCGAGGAGCCUAUAAAGUCCAAGACUAAUCCACCGCCGAAGACAGUGAAAACAACGCCUGCACCGAAGCUUAAGAUACAACCACCGCCCUCAAACCCGCAAGGAAACGGACAAAAACCUUGCGAAGGGGAAUGCGUCAAUGGACUGUUUGCGCUGUUUUGUGACGACGUAGAUAGUGAAGCAUUCUGUCCCAACGAAGGAUCAUGCUGCGUUACUGGAACGGCUGACGAUACUAAGCAUGAAAUUGUAACCACGACGAGGAGACCAAGUACGCCGCCUCCGCUACGCAGAUGUCCUGGAUUCUGUAUGCUGAACAUAAUGGCUGCGUUCUGUGAACGACCAUCGGAGAUCAUUCCACACACCUCCAACUGUAAACGAGGCUCCAUUUGCUGUGACAACACCAAGGCCCCAGUAACGAGACCAGCCCCGAAACGACCACCACCGCCUCCAACAACUACCACAACCCAAGCUCCAACCACGACGGCCGCACCUGACCCACGCGAAGAAUGUCCUGGAUCGUGCAUUGUGGGUCUGUUGAGCUUCACGUGUUUCCGAAAUGCCGAAAUGACUGACCUGUUCAAAUGUAAAAAGUCCGGUACGCAAUGCUGCGCUCCAAAGUCCAAAAUCCAGGAAGUACAAAUGGCAGCUGGCAAAAUAAAACCGAAUGACACCACGAACUAUACACCACCACCACCUCCACAGAACGUAGCUCAACCAUAUCCACCUCCACCACAACCUCUACCACCUGCACAACAGCCUCAACCUCAACCAGGCUAUGGACCUCCAGUGAUGAACAGCUACCCAGGCCCCGUAAGCAACAACAUCUACGAAGUUCCCCAGACUCAACCUCCAGUUCAUCACCUGUCUCAACCUAUUUACGAACCAUUGCCAACAACAACCACAUCCCGACCGCAGGUGUACUCCAAAUAUGUCUGCGGAGUUAAGGGAACCAGUCGAGGAGCUCGAUCGUUCCUUAGCCGGAUCGAAAUGGAACACUCUGCCUCCAGCAGUAGAAGGUCAGGCCGACACAUUGAGCUGGAAAGCAUCUACCGGUCAAAGAGCACCGAACGGUUGGUUCUUGGCCACAGCAUCGUGCCCAUUCCUAUUAUCUACAGUGAUCACAACGAUACAGUGCCGGAAGAUUUGAUUUAUCAUCCUAGUAUUUCUAGGACAAACUCAACCACUAGCAAGUACUGGAACAGCCAUCGCAAGGGUCGUGUCGUCGGCGGUGAGGACGGCGACAACGGCGAGUGGUGCUGGCAGGUCGCGCUGAUCAACUCGCUGAAUCAGUAUCUCUGCGGGGCGGCGCUAAUCGGAACGCAGUGGGUCCUCACGGCGGCGCACUGUGUCACCAACAUCGUUCGGUCUGGUGACGCGAUCUACGUUCGAGUGGGUGAUUACGACUUGACUCGAAAAUUCGGUAGUCCUGGAGCGCAGACGCUAAGAGUUGCCACCACCUAUAUUCACCACAAUCACAACAGUCAAACGUUGGAUAAUGAUAUUGCGCUGCUGAAGCUGCACGGACAAGCGGAGCUUAGGGAUGGCGUGUGUCUGGUUUGCCUUCCAGCUCGAGGGGUCAACCAUGCCGCCGGGAAGCGAUGCACGGUCACCGGUUACGGUUACAUGGGAGAAGCCGGACCAAUCCCGCUGCGGGUCCGGGAGGCGGAAAUUCCCAUCGUGAGCGAUGCCGAGUGCAUCCGGAAGGUCAAUGCAGUCACGGAGAAGAUCUUCAUUCUGCCUGCGUCGAGUUUCUGCGCCGGCGGUGAGGAAGGCAACGACGCCUGUCAGGGUGACGGUGGUGGUCCCCUGGUGUGCCAAGAUGACGGAUUUUACGAACUGGCUGGACUUGUGUCGUGGGGAUUCGGAUGCGGACGGGUGGAUGUGCCGGGUGUUUACGUGAAGGUGUCGUCCUUCAUCGGAUGGAUCAACCAAAUCAUUAGCGUCAACAACCUAUGAUCUACAAAAUAGAAACGAACACACCACAUCUCCUGAACUACUGUGUAAAUUAAACUAAAACAAUAGUUUAAAUAGAUCCUAGGUAUUUAAUUUAUUUAAGAUAAUUUAUUGAUUCGUAUAAGGAAAAACACUACAUUUUAGUACACUCCUAGAUUUCAACACUACUUCAUCCUAGAAAGGGUUUACUUAUUUAUCUCACUAAACCAGGUAUCUCAUAUCUGCCUACAUCGACUACACUGACACUUUCAAAUUUGGUUCAAAUUUGCAAAGAUUUCUUUACCUAAGAGUAUCAUAAUUUUAUCGUCGCCUGUCGUGGAAUGAUUGGAUGUCAGUCUAAAUUUAAUUGCUGCGUUAAGUAGCCACGACUGUAAAUUGAAUAUUCAAUUUGAGGUUCAUCUAGUUCAAUAAAUGUUUGUAAGAUCA